ACACAUGAUUUCAAGUACCAUGUAUGUCUUCUUAAAGAUGAACAUUUCUUCCUUGUUGGGCAAACAUUUUACGACAAAGCAAGUGUGCAAAGAUGGAGAGACUGGUAAACAUUUGUCUUGUGCUCUCUUUGAUUUUUGUGCGGUUUACUUAUCAACGAAAAAUAGAAGUAAAUAUAAAGCCACCAAACCGAACAAUAUUUUACUCUGAGAUUGGGAAAAAGCCCAAAGAAGAUAUUAUUUGUGAAUCUAACUGCCUAAAAUAUAUGCAGUGCACAUAUUUAUGGUACAUUUAUAAAGACGGAAGUUAUGUGAAUAAAUUCACAAAAGGAGCUGUAUUGUUUUUGAAUAAGACUGUAAAAAGGAAUGAAACUUUCAAGUGUGAAGUGAAAGACAAUAGUAGGAACUUCAACCGUAGUGAAGAGAUUUCAGUCGUAAUUCGAAGUGCAGAACCGGAGGAUAGGACCUCCUUCAUAACAAAUGGCGAAACUGGCGAUAAAUUUCCAAGUGUUACAAUAAUAGUUAUCGGUAUUGGUGGAGGAGCAGGUCUGCUUUUGAUUACCAUUGUUCUCACUUUGGGAAUUCUUUGUCUAAAAUCAAAGCAAAAGGGCAACAAAAUACGUAAGUGUAUUUGAUGUUCGAAAACGUUGAUGUAUUAAUGGGAAUAGUGACUUUGUUUUUAUCUCUAACUAAGGAUGUCAAUUUUACUCGCCUCAGUAUUGUGUACAGAGUUUAAGAAAUUGAAUACAUCAGUGAAACGAUAACUUUUUUUUGUAAACAGGGCACGGACUCUAUUGUUAAUGUUAAUGUUUCACUUCCGAUCGCGGUAAAUGUUCACGCGACGAAUAAUUGGAAUUUUUUUUAAUUUCAACAUAUAUACACUUUUUUUUAAUCAUGGUGACUUAUUUUACUGAAGAUUUAAAAAAUAUGGAGAAUUGGUUGCUUUCUAGUUUUUACACGUGAUCUUUCUUU